AUGGGUGAGGUUGAGGGUGAGCAGAGCGGCGAGGGGUCACGUGGGCCGUGGCUCGGCGCGCCCCCAACGGAGGUGAGGAUUGGCGCAAACAACAACGACUUAAGAGGGAGAAUAUAUGCCUGCCUUGCCCAGUAUCGAGAGAAAAUCUUGCAGUACAACAAAACAAUUCUCGACCGAGAAAUAGCAUUGCAACAGAUCGACAAAGAAAGUAGUCAAGCUGGAGAUAUAGCAUCCCUCCUCGACGAAUUAUGGGGAGACGGUGAUGACAUGGAAGCCGUUCAAAGAGAUGUACACAAGGUGUCGGAUCUUUACAAACAUAUCCCCGAUGGGACUAUGCCAAUUAAAGAUUGGCUCGCCGAACAUGCCGCUCAACUAGACGCGGAGGAGCCAUCCGGACGGCCCUCUGUUUGGCGAAACGUGUACAAUCUUAUGCGCUGUCCUGACCCUCUAUGUGACCUGGAGCCUUAUUGCUGGGGUGACCCUGACAGGCACAUUGUGACAUUCCUAAACAUAUUCGCGAUCAACCUUACGCGGAGGAUCAACAACGGCUUAGGGGGGCACCAAAGAGCCAAUAGCGCCCCCGCGGCAAACUUUCCUCGUAUAAAUAUCACGAACGUGCUACCCGGACCGCCUCAUCAGGCCUCUCUAGGAUCUUCACCGGCGUUAACUCUGGUCCUAGAUAUGGAUUUGCUAUGGCAAUUAACCGUCUCGAUAUUCCCGGAAAUCGAGAUGAGGUGGUGGAAGAGUACUGCGCGUGGCAGCAAAAGCAGGUUAAGAGACAGACCAGAGGGCAGAUUACCAAAAGGCCUGUGA